AGACACCCGGGAAGGCGGGGUCCUUCUCUGUGGAGGUCGCGCGGGCAGUGGCCGCAGGAAGUAGACACCGGGCAGCAUGUAUUAUAAGUUUAGUAGCUUCACGCAGAAACUGACAGGAGCGUGGGCUUCUGACGCCUAUAGCCCUCAGGGAUUAAGGCCUGUGGUUUCCACAGAAGCACCGCCUAUCAUAUUUGCCACACCAACUAAACUGAGUUCCAAUUCUACUGCAUAUGAUUAUGCUGGGAAAAAUAAAGUUCCAGAGCUGCAGAAGUUUUUCCAGAAAUCCGACGGUGUGCCCAUCCACCUGAAACGAGGCUUGCCUGACCAAAUGCUUUACCGGACAACCAUGGCGCUGACUGUGGGAGGGACCAUCUACUGCCUGAUCGCCCUCUACAUGGCAUCACAGCCCAGAAACAAAUGAGUUAGGCUGCAGAGGACUGGUUUGCUUUUUAGCAUAAAUCCUUUGAAUUUUCAUUUUUCAUUAUUUCUGUAAAAAUUUUUUUUUUUUUUUUUUACUUGAAUGGCCUACUUAACAUUCUUCAAGAAAAACAGAAAUUAAGACAGUAUUUUGGUUUGUUAUGAAAUGCACAUGGCCUGGCAGAGCUCAUUUGACAGUUAAAACUAUUGUUUAAAGAAAUGCUGCUGCUCUCUGCAUUUGGGCUUCUGAUUUCCCUGGAGGUUCUGAAUGAAGGUUGCACACAGGCUCAUUAUGGCAGUCUGUGCUGAGGUCCUUGGGGACUUAUGGUGGCGUUUUGAGCUUGGGAUGGAGAAGCCUUUUUGGAUUUGGAUGUGACUGAGGAAGGAAAACAAGCUAAGGCCAGGCACAUGAGAUGAGAGAUUUUGAGUUAGUAGUCACCUUGGGGAUUUUUCCAUCCUGCAGUAAAAUGUUAAUAGAAAUUA